AUGGGACAAAGAAGAAUUGAGCAGUGGCCUGAGCGGCAUGUGAAAAUCGUGUUCAUUGUUGUAUCGCUUGUUUUCGGCAGAACGGUUUGGGCGCAAAUACGCUACUCGAUUUCUGAAGAGCAAAAGGACGGAGCUGCUGUGGGAAAUGUUGCAAAGGAUUUGGGCAUUGAUUACAGAAACUUAAAGGAGCGAGGAUUUCGUAUCGUCUCGACUUCAGGCGAGUCAAUGUUCAGUGUAAAUCAGAAUGAUGGUGUCUUGUAUGUGAACGGUAAAUUAGAUAGAGAGGAGGUGUGCGAAAGAAGCACCCCGUGUUUAAUAAAUCUAAAAAUCGCAUUAGAAAAGCCUCUCGAGAUUCAUUACGUGACUGUUGAUGUAAUAGACACGAAUGACCACGCUCCGAGAUUCCAAGAGCAGGAAAAGCAUUUACAAAUAGGUGAAUCGGUGAUUCCCGGUGCGCGGUUUCAGCUUCAGGCAGCGCGCGAUCCAGACAGUGGCAGUAACUCAGUUCAGAGUUAUAAACUGAGCCACACCGAACAUUUCCGUAUUGAAAUUAAAGAUCGCGAUGAAGACGGCAAAGUUCCAGUGCUGAUUUUACAAAAGCCGCUCGAUCGAGAGGUUACAAAAAGGAUGAAAUUGCAGCUAAUUGCUUUAGAUGGAGGCAGACCUCCAAAGUCUGGAACUAUGGAAAUAACAAUAGAUGUGCUAGAUAUAAACGAUAAUGCACCUGUUUUCACCAAGGAAGCUUACAUUGUAAUGCUAAAUGAAAACACUCCCGUUGGCACAACUAUUUUUAGGGUGAACGCAACUGAUUUGGAUGAAGGUCAGAACAGCGAAAUAGUUUAUUCAUUAGGGCAUGACGUCAAUGAUAAACUGCGUAAACUUUUUAAUAUUAAUCCAAUCACAGGAGAAAUCGUUGUGACCGGUCUCUUGGAUUUUGAAGUUAAAGAUAAAUAUGAGAUUGAUAUUCAAGCAUCUGACAAAGGAAUCGUUCCUCUAACAACAGAUAAAAGUUUAACUAUAAAAAUUGCUGAUAUAAAUGAUAAUCCCCCUCAGAUAGAAGUGACAUCAUUCUCAAGUGCUAUUCCUGAGGACUCCAAACCCGGCACAACGGUAGCUUUAAUAAGUGUCUCUGAUUUAGAUUCCGAAAUUAAUGGGAGAGUCACAUGUUCAUUACCUGAGGACAUACCUUUCAAAUUAAUGCCAUCAUCACAAGAAAAUACAUACACAUUAGUGACAAUAUCAUCUCUUGACAGAGAGACAAUUUCUCGCUAUGACAUCACAUUAGAAGCCACAGAUGCUGGUCAGCCACCACGGUCUUCUGUUAAAUCUAUAACUGUACAUGUAUCAGAUGUUAAUGACAAUGUUCCAGAGUUUUCUUUUUCUCCUUAUUCGUUUUAUGUGAUGGAGAAUAAUGCUCCAGGCAAAUCUUUAUUUUCUGUGUCUGCCUCUGACAAAGACACACGGGAAAACAGUGUAGUCAGUUAUCAAAUAUGGAGAGAUGGUGUAGAAAACAAAUAUGCAUCUUUCAUUAAUAUUAACUCUGAAAAUGGGGAGAUUUAUGCGCUAAAGAGCUUUGAUUUUGAAACUGUUAAAACAUUUCAGUUCAAAAUUGUUGCAACAGACUCUGGAACUCCGUUUCUGAGCAGUAACGUGACACCAAAGAGGCUUUUGCAGCUUCUGAUGUUAAAAACGCAGUAA